CGGCCUGGACAUGGAGGCCGAGGCGGCUCCGGUCGGAACCUUCCCCGGGUUCAUGACCGAGGGUUCGGGGCUGCUCCGGAGGGGGGAGUACGGAAAAGCCCUGAUCUGCUUCAGCAACGCGCUGAAGCUGCGCGGCGGUGACAGGGACUGCCUGGCUGCGCGAUCCCAGUGCUACCUGCGCCUGGGGGACACGGACAAUGCCCUCAAGGAUGCUGAGGCCUCUCUCCAGAAGGACCAAACCUUCUCCAAGGGACUGUACCAGAAAGCAGAGGCACUGUACACCAUGGGCGACUUCGAGUUCGCGUUGGUGUUUUACCAUCGCGGGUACAGGCUGCGGCUGGAGCCACACAAGUUCCUGCUGGGGAUCGAGAAAUCCCAGGAAGCCAUCAUCAACUGCAUCGGAGCUCCAUCCUCAAUUAAACUGGAGAACAAAGGGAAUCUGUGCUUCCUAAGCAAGCAGGCAGAGUGCAAACAGAAAGUCCAAAUCAAAGUGGCUAAGAAUCAAAAAUGGACAAAGAACCAGAAGCCUGCGAGGAACCCAAAGACGGAGCGAGAGCUGCUUGGAGAGCUCUAUGCUGACAAGGCCUACCUGGAAAAGCUGCUCAAUGACAAAGAUCUGAUGGAGAGCAGCACAAAGCAGGGGGUCAAGGUAAAGGACCUGGUUCUGGGAGGCAUUUCCUACCUGGAGACCCGCAGGGAGUUCUGGCAGCAGCAGAAGCCGAUCUAUGCCCGGGUGAGGGAGCGCAAGCUCCGGCAGCAAAGGUGGAGCCGGGACAAGAAGCAGAAACCCCUGGAGGUGGGCAGAUACCUUGAGAAGAUGAUGGAGGACAUUGACAUGUUGCUGAGCGGUGACUCCCCUGAGGAAAGCUGCAAGAAAGCCAAGCGUGUGCUGAGAAAGGUCCAAGGGUGGUCAGAGGAUGAAGUUCCCAACAGGAAGAUGCUGAUUGGAGACCUCUACAGCCGCAUUGGGAAAGCUCAGCUGCAGAUGGGCCAGAUGGAAGCAGCCCUGAAGAGCCACAGAAUGGAUCUGGAACUGGCCAGGCAGCUUGAUCUGCCAGAUGCUGCAUCCAGAGCCCUCGAGAACAUGGGCAGGGUUUAUGCCAGCACCAGGAGAUUCCAGCCCGCUAUCGACGCAUGGGAGAAGAAGAUCCCAAUGGUGAAAUCCAACCUGGAGAAGACCUGGCUGCUCCAUGAAAUUGGCCGGUGUUACCUCGAGCUGGAUAAAGCAAAAGCAGCCCAAAGCUAUGGGCAGAAGUCCCUGCAGGUGGCAGAUGAAGAGGGAGAUGCUGAGUGGCAGCUCCACGCUAUGGUCCUCGUGGCACAAGCACAAGUGAGGUUAAAGGAUUACAGGCCUGCAAUCCUGACCUUUGAGAAAGCACUCAACAAGGCAACACUUCUUCAUGAUGAAGCUGCUCAGACGGCCAUCGUCACUGCUCUGGAUGAGGUGAGCAAAAGCUUCGUGGAGCAGCUGAGCGAGAGAGGAGUCCCAAGAGCUCUGGGCCUCGGAGAGGCCUCCAGCAGCGAGAACCCCGAAGUCGACGGCUUCGAGAAGGAUGCGGAGGGAGAGGCCGGGUCCGGAGCGCAGCGGGGGCCGUGAGCGGGACGGGGGAGGAAGGGGCGACACGGGGACAAUAAACAGCGGCCGGUGCCGGUGUCGCGAUAUCGCGAUAUCGCUGCAAACAGACCCCCC